GAGGGGUCCCCUUUCGGGGGCCUUGGGGCUCCAAGCCCGGGCUGGCCCCUCGGGCUCCUCUGCGGGGAGGGCCGGCCGCAGGCUGGAGCAGGGUGCGGAGGCUGGCGGGGGAGCGGCUCCCCCAGGCGUUCCUGGUAGAAGUUGAUGCGAGGAAGGGCAGCGGGGACCAUUGGACGGUAUUCAGAAUUCCAGCGCAGGAGCCUCCCCUUCUCCAUCUGCUGCCGGGGAGCUGUUGGGCCUCCUCUUCCAGCAGCUUCUGUCUUUAUUUUACAGGAUCCAGAGAAUCACCCGCUGAUGGUUUUUGCCCAGGCCUGAAACAGAACCAGAGAGCUACGGGAAGGGAAGGGCUUGGCUUGCCAGAGGAAUUUUCCAAGUGCUCAAACGCCAGGCUUACAGCGCCUGUGAUCCGUCCAGGAGAACAAAGUGGGAUUUGAAGAUCCACUCCACCUCUGCUCAUGGCGGGCCAGGGCCUGCCCCUGCACGUGGCCACACUGCUGACGGGGCUGCUGGAAUGCCUGGGCUUUGCUGGCGUCCUCUUUGGCUGGCCUUCACUAGUGUUUGUCUUCAAGAAUGAGGAUUACUUUAAGGAGCUGUGUGGACAAGAUGCUGGGCCGAUUGGCAAUGCCACAGGGCAGGCCGACUGCAAAGCCCAGGAUGAGAGGUUCUCACUCAUCUUCACCCUGGCGUCCUUCAUGAACAACUUCAUGACAUUCCCCACUGGCUACAUCUUUGACCGGUUCAAGACCACCGUGGCACGCCUCAUAGCCAUAUUUUUCUACACCACCGCCACACUCAUCAUAGCCUUCACCUCUGCAGGCUCCGCUGUGCUGCUCUUCCUGGCCAUGCCAAUGCUCACCAUUGGGGGAAUCCUGUUUCUCAUCACCAACCUGCAGAUUGGGAACCUAUUUGGCCAACACCGUUCGACCAUCAUCACUCUCUACAAUGGAGCAUUUGACUCUUCCUCGGCAGUCUUCCUUAUUAUUAAGCUUCUUUAUGAAAAGGGCAUCAGCCUCAGGGCCUCCUUCAUCUUCCUCUCUGUCUGCAGUACCUGGCAUGUAGCACGCACUUUCCUCCUGAUGCCCCGGGGGCACAUCCCAUACCCACUGCCCCCCAACUACAGCUACGGCCUGUGCUCUGGGAAUGGCACCAUGAAGGAAGAGAAGGAAACAGCUGAGCAUGAAAACAGGGAGCUACAGUCCAAGGAGGUCGUUUCAGCAAAGGAAGAGACCCCAGGGAAAGGGCAGAAGCAGGAACCCCGCUCUUUCUGGAGCUACGCUUUGUCUCGGCGCUUUGCCUGGCACCUGGUGUGGCUGUCUGUGAUACAGUUGUGGCACUACCUCUUCAUUGGCACUCUCAACUCCUUGCUGACCAACAUGGCCGGUGGGGACGUGGCACGAGUCAGCACCUACACAAAUGCCUUUGCCUUCACUCAGUUCGGAGUGCUGUGUGCCCCCUGGAAUGGCCUGCUCAUGGACCGGCUUAAACGGAAGUACCAGAAGGAAGCAAGAAAGACAGGUUCCUCCACCUUGGCAGUGGCUCUCUGCUCGACGGUGCCUUCGCUGGCCCUGACAUCCCUGCUGUGCCUGGGCUUCGCCCUCUGUGCCUCAGUCCCCGUCCUCCCUCUCCAGUAUCUCACCUUCAUCCUGCAAGUGAUCAGCCGCUCCUUCCUCUAUGGGAGCAACGCGGCCUUCCUCACCAUUGCUUUCCCUUCGGAGCACUUUGGCAAGCUCUUUGGGCUGGUGAUGGCCUUGUCGGCUGUGGUGUCUCUGCUCCAGUUCCCCAUCUUCACGCUCAUCAAAGGCCCCCUUCAGAAUGACCCAUUUUACGUAAAUGUGAUGUUCAUGCUUGCCAUUCUUCUGACAUUCGUCCACCCCUUUCUGGUAUACCGGGAAUGCCGCACUUGGAAAGAAACUCCCUCUGCAAUUGCAUAGUUCAGAAGCCCUCCCUUUUCAGCCCUGAGGAUGGUUUUGUUCAUCUUUCUCCACCUUUGAGGACCUCGUGUCCCAAAAGACUGCCUAUCCCAGCAAACACCACACACACACACACACACACACACACA